AUGUAUUCCCCCACCAUUUUCGCGCUCUCGCUGCUGGCCGCCUACGCGUCCGCCGAGUCUGAAGUGGUAUGGCUCAAACCGCAGCAGACAGCCAUCGUCAAGCUUGCAACACCAGGAUAUCCUCUCUGGGUCAUGGACAGGGAGAAACCCAAUGCUCCAAUCCUCUACCACGCCAACGGCGAGUACUACUCCCAGGUAGACGACCCAUCCGCCGUACUCCUCAACAUUUCCAUGUCUGCCAACAAUCAUACCCUCUACGUCAAUGGGCAAGCCAUUCUUCCAGUAGCAGACAGCAACAGACCACCACACAUCACCGCCCACCAGGUGCACGCCGAUACUUCCUCGAAGAUCAUUCGCACAUAUGCGAAAUCAGGGUUGUUCAGGGGAGAGUUGAGCUGGGAUGAGCUGCAGCAUCGCGACUUUUUGGAGUUGGAUUACGACCGAUUGGUAGAGGCUGAUCACGAGACGGGCCCAUACUUCAGUCACAAGCCUACCCUACGAUUCCGCAUCAUGGGGCUUGGCGCGUACACGACGAAUGACGUUUUGAACGUGGGACAACAGAGUGUUUUGCACGUCACCCUCAACGACACCAACGGCAAGAUCUCACGGGAUCCGAAGCGUUCGUACGCCAUCACCAACAUCGAGAUUAAGAGCGUCAAGGAUUCGUAUGUUGGCAAACACAAAGGCCCGGAAGAAGAUGUGGACCAAGAAUGUACGGUGAAAUCAUGGGCCUGCCCAGAUUCUGGACUCUACACACUUAUGGCCCCCUACUACCGAUUCAUUUGGCGCUCCAAGUUUGACCAAUUCGGCCGAAUUGGUUCGACCAGACACACCAUGAUGAAAAGGAUCGGGCAAGUGCAGGAUUUGGUGGGAUCGAAGAUGCUAUGGCAAUAUCUUGUUGUGAUGGGUGCAGGGCUGGUAGCAUUUGUCUCGUGGAACGCAUAUCAGCAAAGAAUGGGUACGGAGGGUGAGCGCAAGGCGCGCAGGGCUGCGCUGAGGUCGCUCGAGGCCAAGGCGGCGCGCAAUCGUGGCGAGAUUGUUUAUGGCGAUGAUGACUCGGGCGAUGAAGCGUGGAUUGAGGAGCACUCCAAGGACGUAGUCAUGGAGUUGACGGAGCAGGAAGCAAAGCAAUUGAGCUACAUAAUACCGGAUCAGUAGGCUUAGAAGAGUAGCACGUACGAAGCUUCUCUUGGUACAUGU